UUCAAUUGAAUCGCAAAGUUUAGGCAUUGUUAGUCUGGCUCUAAUUCAGCAAGUGCAACGAGCAGCAGCGUCGAACGUCUGAUGCAUCGCAACCCAAACAGAGCCUUAAUACCUUAGCUUCCGGAUUCUAGGUUCUAACCAAACCGCUGGUCCAUGUCAGCCUCUCUCCUCGCGUACCAUCCUUCCUCCGUUAACAGAAUCCCCAAUUCAACACUUGUUAGGGCUAGGGUUAGGGUUGGGGUUGUCAAGGUCCGAAAACAGGUUUUCACUUUCAAUCCAAUCUCAUCAUUCGUUGAUUCUCUCGCCGGCAGGUCUCCUUCCAGCAAUAGGUGGAGAAUUUUUUGCCUUAGGCAUGAAGGCUCCCCUUCAGAGUUUUUCAAGCCUGAGGCUGGAGAGAAUAACUUCUCCCAGGAAGUUCCCGCUUUCGAUCAACCAAAUAACGUGAAUGGGAUUUCAGAUUUAAGGAAGGUUGGCAUCAUCAACCAAGCCAGAGAUGCGUUUUUUAGGGCAGAGCCUUGGGUAGUGCCAUGGACAGCUAAGACUGUUAUACAGGUUAUGCUCCUGUGGGUUUCUUCAUUCUGGUUGGUAGGAUCCUGGAUUGUUCCUUUCCUGGCAUAUGCUUUGGGUUUCAGAAAGGAGUCAUUGACGUACAGAGGGCAGGCCUUAUACAGCCUUUUGACAGAUGUUGCUGAAGGCCUUACUGGCAUUGCAAUCCUCCAUCGCUGCCUUGCAAGGUUCCACCCACUUUCACCCGACUGGUUCAGGUUUAGUUUCCGAGGAAAGUGGCAAAUUGAUGUUGGCUUGGGCUGUCUUAUGUUUCCCCUUGUUAAUCAGCUGUCACAGGUCAACUUAAAUUUAUUUCCGUUGCUUCCCUCUUCACCUGUCACAGUCUCAAAUGUUGAGCAAUCUAUUGUUGCAAGGGAUCCAAUAGCAAUGACCCUGUAUGCGAUAGUUGUUGCAGUUUGUGCCCCCAUAUGGGAGGAGGUUGUCUUCAGGGGAUUUCUGCUCCCUUCCUUAACUAAGUACAUGCCUGUAUGGUCCUCAAUUUUGGUGAGUUCAGUAGCUUUUGCCUUGGCACAUUUCAAUGUGCAGAGAAUGCUUCCACUUAUAUUCCUGGGAAUAGUAAUGGGUGUCGUUUUUGCACGAACAAGAAACUUGUUUGCAUCGAUCCUCUUGCAUAGCCUUUGGAAUGCCUUUGUAUUUCUAGAUCUUUUAAAGUAAAAUUUCGGUUUAUAUGUAUAUACCUACUUUCAAAAAUUCACGAUAUUCAAAAGUUGUCCAUGUCUUGUUCUUCUUUGGACGUAUCUAUGGCAGAUGAACUUUUCUUUGUUACUCAA